CGAUGACGCAAAUAGUUUGCGCCGGAGGAGUGUAGUGUUGACAAGUGUCUGUUGGUGCAAGUCACAGUGAUGUCAAUAUUACUGUAAGUUAGUCAUAUUUUCUCCGAUGAAGCUGAUCAAAAACCCGUUUCACUUUUCUAUGAUUUCUCUCUCGCCUGACAUCAGUGCUCACCUUUAACAUACGCGAGGGACUAUAAAAACACAGAUGACUGUGCAGUGUGUCAUAUCAAAAUGAUCAAUGAUUCAUGACAAAAACCAGGUGGACGAGAGAUGUUGAUUGUUUACCCUUUCAGUCUGUCUUUGAAUACAAGGAUUUUCGAUUAAAAUAAGUCGAUGUCGAGAACAAGCGUGGCCCUGGAGGACGAGGAGAAGCAGAGAUGCCCUGCUGGUGCCAGUCCACCCGACUUCAGCCCAGACACCCCACACUCCUUACCAGAAAGACUGAAUUUGGAAGCGUCCGUCAGCGCUGUGGAUACAAGCCCCUCCCCUUCUAGCAAUGGAACACACCUGCUGUCAUUGCCAUGGGAGAUCGUAACCCAGAUAGCCUCACAUCUCCCAGCAAAGUGUGUCAUUAAUGUUCUGCCGCAGGUAUGUCAGACAUUGGGAAAGCUUGGCGAGGAUCGCUUGGCGUGGCAGCUUCGGGCUCAAAAACUCUCGGGUCCCGCAGCGUCUUUCCCAGUCGGGCCAAAGGAGGAUUUUGAUUGGUCCAAGGCAUGCUUGGAAAUGGAGCAGUUGAUUGGCUGCUGGACAGGGCUUGAGAAUCAAGCAGUGAGACAGGAAGAGGCAGCUGGUGGCGUGAACGGUGAGAACUUGGUAGAGAUGCAGCUGGAUGCCGAUUUAAACGGUGCAGCGGAAGCAGGAGAAGAGAACGUGCAAGUUCAAUCCCAGAAUGCCUCUGACAGUCCCCAUCUGACUGAAUCAUCCAGCACUUCUUCGCCCUUGGAGCACAUCAUCCUUCCCUCUGGCCACAUUGCAGAUGUGAAUUGUGUCCUCCUCCUGGGUGGAGAAGAGGCUCUGUGUGUCUCCGGCUCCAGGGACAGAAACGUGAACCUGUGGGACCUUCGAGAGGGUCCCAGAGGCAAGCUGAUGUACACUCUUGCGGGACGCGGGACCAUUAGUACCCACCGUGGCUGGGUGUGGUGCCUUGCCUCCAGCGGACCUCUGCUGGCGUCUGGCUCGUUCGACAGCACCAUCAGGCUCUGGGAUCUGGAAGCUGGAGGAGCAGAACGGGGGCUCAUCCAGUGCAAAGCUGCUGUGUUAUGUCUGUCCUGCGAGAGGGACACGUUGCUGGCCGGGUCACAUGAUCAGAAAUUAAGCAUCUACGACACCCGAGCUGCAGAUCCAUUGGUCAAGAGUCUUCAUCUUCACAGUGAUGCUGUGUUGUGCCUGGCGUCUGAUGACCAGUACAUCUUAUCAGGCAGUAAAGACCAAACCGUCGCUCUGUUCGACCGCAGGGCGGGAAAACUCCUGCAGAAAGUGCAGCUGAGGUCGUACCUGCUGUCUCUGACCUACAGCGGUCGAGAGGUGUGGGCCGGGGAUAACCGUGGACUCGUGCACAGCUUCUCCAUGCACAACAGCUCCCUGACGCCCGUGUCCCAGUUUACCGUCCACAGGUCACUGGUCACCGGCGUUCACUACUCUCCUGGUGCUCUGUACACGUGCUCCUCUGACCGCACUAUCAAGGUCCACCUUCCAUGUGCUCCUCUCAAGACACUGUGCACCCUUCACCAUCAGGCAGGGGUUAAUGGGUUAAGUGUUGAAGGAGGAACGCUGGCCAUCGCUUCUGGUGACAUGAAUGUGGAAGUUUGGAGGCACAGAGUCUAGAAGCAUCUGAUGGCAAGGAACAACAAGAAUCAAUCAGCUCUGUGUUUCCAGGGAUUUAUCAAUGCAUUAUGCUUUAUUUUGUUUAAUUUUAAUGGGAAAAAAGUGUCUGAUACAUGUUUCUAGUGAUUCUAGAAACACAAAUAUGACAUUCCUAGUUUUCUGUCCUUCUUCUUAAAGGGGUCGCACUACGAUUACACACUGAGAGUGCAAAACAUUCCAGUGCCUCGUAACACAGGAACACCUUUGUGAUUUGUGUGAUCAUCUCUUUAACACUUCUGCUAAUAAUAUACUUAGACUGAAAAUGCAGUAUAAUAUAGUAAAGUCCAAACAAGUAUCAAAAAAUAUCUCUAUUCUCAGUAUUUACCUCUCUAUAUACCUGUAGUACACUAACUUGGAAAUCAGUUAUUAAAAAUGUGAUUUAAGAUCAUUUCUGUUUUGGUAUACGUACACAAGUAUACAGUUUACAAAUGAGGCACAAUGCUUUAAAAUGUAUGCACUUCACGACCAGAGCAAUCUACUAAAUAUCCUAAUUUAAAAUGUUUAUAUUUAUGAAUUAUUUAUAGUUAUUGCGGACAGUGCUGUUGUUAUGUUCUGUGACUGACUGAAUGUCCAAAUCCUCUCUGAUAUUUAAAAAAGCUUUAGAAAUGCACAGUUUGAUGAUUCAGUUGGAUUUGUCAGCGUGUCGUUGUUAAUGCUGUAAAUAAAAAGGGUGACUGCCGCAGA